AUUGGAACAGGCUUCCCAGGGCAGUGGUAGAGUCACCAUCCCUGGAGGGGUUUAAAAGAUACAUAGAUGAGGUUCUCAGGGACAUAGGUUAGUGGUGACAGUGUGAAGUUAACGACUGGACUCUAUGUUCUUGAGGGUUUCUUCCAUCCAAAAUGAUUCUAUUAUUCCAUGAUCCUGUCAGGCGUGUGCAUCCUGGAGCAGCUGCUCCUAAUCUCACACAUGCUUGUGUCCUCAGCCAGCUUUGUCUUGCCCUUGUGUCUUGUGGCUGGUAGAGGUCCUCUGCCUUGACCUCAGCUUAGAGCAGCUCCACGAAGCCUUUUCUCCUGUAAACAACCUCACCAGCAUGUGGGCGACCUUUAGGUUGUGCAUCGCGCUUGGCGGAUGUCGGCUUGUGUUUGUCCUUCUCAGUGAGAGCAGCUCAAGUGCAAACUACAUGAGGUCAUUCCAGCCUCAAGAUCACUGAGACCAGGAGUCACUUACCUCCUGCUGCCCUGUACAAUGCAAAAACAACGUCAUGCAACUACCCACAGAGGUUUACACGGUGGUUUUUGGCGGCCUCAUCUCUGCAACAGCUUAAGCAAAUACACUGAAAACAAUCUGGAGAAGUCAGCUCUUUAUGUACGUACAGGAAGCCUCAGGAGUCUGUAGAAACAAAUCCUGCUUCUUAUACAACAUUUAUCUCCUAAGACAGAGGAAUUUCAGUCUCCUUAUUGAACAUGCUGAGGCAGAAUGAGAAAGUCGCUUCCUCAGAGUCACAGAGUCCGGGUCUCCAUUCGUUAGACCACACUGCUACAGUUGAGUAGGUUCAUAGAGGGUUGGGGCUUGCUAGAACAAGAAUCAUUUCAUCUGCAGAAGGUCUUUUUUUAAUCACAGAAAGGAAAGAUCAUUGCAAAGCCAGUUUGUUCAGCUGUUUUCUAAAAUUUGGUGGUUUGCAUAGUGGAAGCACAACCCAUUCACAGUCACUGUAGCUGUUUUUAAUGACAGCUGUUAAUAGCCUGUGGGUUUUGCUGGGGUUUGUGUCUGGAUUCUCUUUGGGUUUCUCGCCUUCCUCACUGCUGUGUUCAUAGGCCAGGUUGUCUGGGAAAUGCAACUCCCACCCCCCUCCAAGAUGAUCGUUUUUAUAUUCAAAAUAGAGCAAGGAAUCCUCAGGGGGAAGAAAAGAGUUAGUUCUGACACAAAGACCUGAUUAAAAAAAGAAAGCCCAUUAAAAGUGUUUGCAAAAUCAGGCUGCUCCUGCAAUCUGGGAGUGUAACAUUCAAAGCAGUCAGUCCCAUGGAUUGUGUGGACGUGGUGGGAGCCAGAGGUUUCUAACAGAGAAAUCCUGCAAGGGCCCUCAGCCCCAUGGAGCAUCUGUCAUGGGUCGGACAAGUGGUUCGUCCAUCUUCGGAUCGUGUCUCCAGGAGCAGCUGCAUAGGAAGCAGGAUGGGGUUGCUCGGGAGCAAAAAUCAGCUGACGUCCAAUGAGAAACACCCCUCUGGAAGCAACCCAAAACACAAGAGUAAACCUCUUCUCACCUCACCCAAGGGCAGAGAAUUUAUCAACAUCCCUCAUCUAAACCAAGCCUCUGUACAAGAUAACUUAAUUGUGAUUGCACUGUACGAUUUUCCUGCCUCAAGUGACCGUGACCUGCAGCUGGUCAAGGGGGAGAAGCUCCAAGUCCUCUCCAACGAGGGUGACUGGUGGUUGGCAAAAUCCCUCAGCAGCGGGAGGAAAGGCUACAUCCCUAGUAACUUCGUCGCACAAGUAGACAGUUUGGAAGAGGAAAAGUGGUAUUUCAAAACUCUGAGCAGAAAAGAUGCUGAACGGCUGCUGUUGUCUUCUGGUAACAAAGUUGGCUCUUUCCUUGUCCGAGAGAGUGAAACCAGCAAAGGUGCCUAUUCCUUAUCCGUCAGGGACAGCGACUCUGCACAUGGGGACAUCAUCAAACACUACAGGAUCCGCUCCUUAGAUGGUGGGGGAUAUUAUAUCUCCCCCAGGAUGACUUUCUCCAGCCUGCCAGAUCUAAUCCAUCAUUACAGCCAGAAAGGGGAUGGCCUGUGCCAGCGGCUCACAGCUCCCUGCAAAUCCUUGGUUCCCCAGAGACCCUGGGCACAGGACGAAUGGGAGAUCCCACGGGAGUCUCUGAAGCUCGUGAAGAAACUUGGCAGUGGGCAGUUUGGGGAAGUGUGGAUGGGGUACUACAAGAACAACAUCAAGGUGGCUGUGAAGACCAUGAAGGAGGGCAGCAUGGAUCCUGAUGCCUUCUUGGCAGAGGCAAACUUGAUGAAGAGGCUCCAGCAUAACAAACUGGUCCGGCUAUAUGCAGUAGUCACAAAGCAGCCCAUCUACAUUGUGACAGAGUACAUGGCCAAUGGGUGUUUGCUCGAUUACUUGAAGACAGAAGAAGGAAGCCAACUGAAUCUCCCCAAACUCAUUGAUAUGUCGGCUCAGGUGGCAGAGGGAAUGGCCUACAUCGAGAGAAUGAACUCCAUCCACCGCGACUUGAGAGCCGCCAACAUCCUCGUCUCAGAGACCCUUUGCUGCAAAAUUGCUGAUUUUGGCCUGGCCAGGAUCAUCGAGAAUGAAUACUUGGCGCAAGAAGGUGCCAAAUUCCCGAUCAAAUGGACAGCACCAGAGGCCAUUAAUUUUGGAGUUUUCACCAUCAAAUCUGAUGUGUGGUCUUUCGGGAUCCUCCUGACAGAAAUCAUAACCUACGGCAGGAUCCCUUACCCAGGAAUGACCAACCCAGAGGUGAUUCGCAACCUGGAGCGGGGUUACCGCAUGCCCUGCCCUGACAUGUGCCCCGGUGAACUCUACAACAUCAUUCUGAAAUGCUGGCGAAACAAGCCAGAGGAGCGCCCGACCUUCGAGUACCUGCAGUCAGUCCUUGAGGACUUUUACACUGCCACGGAGAAGCAGUAUGAGCCAGAGCCUCAGCAGUAAACCACGGUCCUGCCAGCACCUGGGGACAGACCUGGAGGAAAGCCACCAUCUCACACAGCCUGGAGAUGGCUCAUUUCAGGCCUUUCCCUUUCUCCUGUGUGCCACCACGAUGCGUUUGGAGAUGGGGAAUGAGCAGGGAGAUGAGGGAAGUGGACGCUGCCAGCUCUGUGGUUAUCAUGGAGAUUAACGAGGUGGCUGAGAGCUGGCACAGCUCCUUCCUCAUCCACCUUGGAGGUCUGUACUCAUUUCAUGGACAUUGUCUCUACCACGAAGGACAGUGGACUCCUUCAUGACUCACACAGAUAAAGUAAAGCCCCUCAGCCCUGCAACUGCAUCCCCAAGAAGUGGGGCCCAUGGCUGGGGUGAUGGUUGGGGUGCGGGUGAACAAUCUCCCCCCUCUUCUGAAGCCAUUGCUGGCAAUACUACAACCCCCUUCAUGCUACAGGCAGGGAUGGGACUGUGUCCUUUCUGCACCUUCUUGAGCUGCACCAACCCCCCAAGUUCUGGAGCAAUCUCUCCAAGUGGUGUCACCCCUCUGCCCGAAGCCAAUAAUAAAGAAUGGUAUAAGACCACUGUGCAUUUCUUCAUUUGGGUUUCAGGGUGAGAAUAGGUCCUUGGACUUCUCGUUCCCACCCCCAGCCCAUGGAGGAGAAGGAGGAGAGGACAUGGAGCUCCCCGGCAGCUAGGGGUGACGCUGGGGUGAUACCCGGAGGGAUGCCCGGGAGGUACCCGAAUAACCGCCGGCACAGAAGAGAUGGAGCCCGGAGUGAGGAGAGAUGUUCGUGAUGUGGCCACGAGGUGUCCCUCCUUCCCCGAAAAUAUGGGUGGCUCCUGUCAAAAAUAAACAAACCCCAAAAUUACAAAAAAUACCCUCCUUGCUUUGCUGAGCCC